UGCCAUACAACCAUGAUAUAAAAAUGGCUGAACCAGAUAUUGGAAGAGGGAAUGUGGAAAAUGAGUCAAACAUUCGCUAUAGAGUUCUAAGGCAUGUUGUUGAAGAUGCAGGGGAUACUGGAGCACCACAGCCAGAUGAUGAUGAUGAUAAUCACAGUUUCUUUGCUAGGGGUCGAGACCUUGAAAGUGCUUACGUAAAUCACAAGUACACUGAGAAAGAGAGAGAGAUUCUUGCUCGGUAUGAAAGUUUAGAUUACCUACCUCCACACAGCAAAGUUUACCGAGACUGGAUUACGAAGCAACCUGCUAGACUUGACUGGGAUCGAUGGGUUAUGAUGGGGCUGAUUGGAUUUGCUGUAGGAUUUGUUGGAUUUCUUCUUCAUCAGCUGAUUGAUCUUCUUGCUGAACUCAAGCAUGAGAAGGCUAGAGAACUUAUUGAGGCUCGGGACUUUCUCAGAGCUUGGCUAUGGGUUACAGCAGUAAGUGUGGGAUUAGUAGUGAUAAGCUCUGGAACAGUAGUGUUUAUACGUCCCAGUGCAGGUGGAUCAGGAAUCCCUGAAAUAAUUGCUUUUCUAAAUGGCACCCUUGUUCGACACAUUUUCAACAUUAAGACACUGAUUGUCAAGUUUGUAUCCUGUGUAUGUGCCGUAUCUAGUGGGAUGCCUGUGGGACCCGAAGGACCCAUGAUUCACUUGGGAGCAUUGAUUGGAGCAGGACUUAGCCAGUUCAGAUCUGGGACGUUUGGAUUCAGGUUACCAUUCUUUUCAAGAUUCCGAAACUCAGAAGACAGGAGAAACUUUGUGUCUGCAGGAGCUGCGGCAGGUAUUGCAUCAGCUUUUGGAGCCCCUGUCGGAGGUCUUCUCUUCUCCAUGGAAGAAGUAUCUUCUUUCUGGAACAUGAAACUUUCGUGGCAAACUUUCUUCUGUUGUAUGGUGUCCACCUUCACUACUGAUCUUUUUAACUCUGCUUUUGAAGCCUUCCGUUAUAUGGGAGACUUCGGGCUAUUCAAAACAGAAAAGUAUAUUCUUUUCCAGGUUGAUAAAGAAAUAGCACUGAAUUUCAUUGCGGUUAUACCUACCGUGGUUGUGGGAGCUGCUGGCGGAAUCUUGGGUGCAGUCUUUACAUUCACCAAUCUAAAGAUUGCCAGAGCCAGAAGACGGUUACUAGCCAAGAUGAAUUCACCCUACAGACAGUUAGUCCAGCUGUGUGAACCUGUUCUCAUUAUGGUUAUUAUGGGGACACUGACGGUAUUUUUGCCUACCAUGGCUUCCUGUGCAACUUUUACUUGUCACUGGGAGGGAAAUGGAAAUCCAUUUUGUAACCCAAAGCCUCCAAUCUAUACAGAAAAGACAGUUGAACAUUUCAAUUGCCCUAAAGGAGCAGAAAUAACUAUAAAUGGAACUCUAUACAGAAAUGGCACAUUCAACCCUGUGGCUACCUUGUUAUCCGUUACUGGCGAGAAAGCUGUGAAGCACUUGUUCUCUAGACAGACCCACCUGGAGUUUGACUUCAUACCUUUAAUCAUGGUCCUUCCGUGUUACUUUCUUCUGGCCUGUUGGGCUUCGGGGACUGCUAUUUCAAGUGGAGUAGUGGUACCCAAAUUGUUUAUUGGAGGAAUGAUUGGAAGGAUCGUGGGACGAGGAUUAGUGGCACUAUUUGGAGUUAAUACCACUAAGUACUGGUUGUGGAUGGAUCCUGGAGCCUUUGCCCUGUUAGGAGCAGCAGCAUUUUUUGGUGGUGUUUCAAGGUUGACCAUGUCACUCACCGUUAUCAUGAUGGAGUUGACUAAUGAUAUCCAGUUCUUAUUGCUAAUCAUGGUAGCCAUCAUGGUAGCAAAAUGGGUAGGGGACUUUGUUACCCACCCCUUUUACCAUUCCUUGCUGGAGUUCAAGUGUAUUCCUUUCCUGGAUUCUGAACCAGUCAUUUAUUAUGAAGGAAAGAAAAACUUAAACCUUGAGUUGUAUACAACCAAGUAUGCCAUGACUAGUCCUGUGGUAACGUUGCAAAAGGUGGAAAAAGUUUCUCAUCUAGCAAAGCUUUUACUGACCACAAAACAUGGUGGUUUUCCCCUGGUCUGUAACAAGGGCAGUGGAUUUGAAAAAACAUUUUGUGGAUUGCUAACACGGCAAGUAUAUUGUAACAAUGCUUCUUCCAUGAAAAUAUUACUAAUGUGGCAA